AUGCCAUCUCCUGCAACGCCGAACCGCCCCUCCAACCCCGGAGGGACUGCCAAAUCUACGAAGCCGCUCGAUCUCGGCCAGCCGUUGGGGGUCCACGACACGAACACGGUGCGCGCGAGAGUGCGGCAAUGGCAGCAACAAGGCGGCGGAGUAAUAACGAUCGAUGACGGUGUCUACGAUAACGACGACGAAGAGAACAAACCAAAAGCGACGCCGAAACCGAAACCCAAGGCCGCCAAGGUGAAGCCGGACAAGGUGGAAAAGCCCAAGGAGAAAGAGAAGGAUAAGCUUCCGACGACCAGGGAGCGCAGUCAUAGCACGCCGCGCAAGCGAGUCAUCAGUGACGAACACUGGAAGAGGAAUCGGUCUUCGACGCAAGCCUCUUCACGAAACCUACCCGCUCCCAAACGAAUCAACGAAUACACGACGAAUGAGGGGACGGGGUCUCCACGCGCAAGACGGGUCAAUGAAAAAGACGAGCUGGGAAGACCCCAGCGCGGUGGACGUCGAGAUGCCACUGCAUCCAAAUCUCCCACUCGUGAAGGGACGCGCUCAACCCCGCACAAACAAGAUACCGAGUCAGUGACGGAUAGCGACUUGGAGACCGAUCUGCCCACAGCCACGGUCUUGUCAGAUAUCCCAGAACUAUUAAGAAGGGAAUCGCCACUUCCAGAUGAUGUGGAAUGGGCAAAAAGCGAGGCCGACUUUACCGAGCUGUCACGGCGGCGUGCUCGUGGCCAAACCUCUCGGGGGUAUUCGAAAGUGCCCAAGGGAGGAAUUUUUGCACAGAUAGUGGAUGAGUCCAGGAAAAUGUUUAAAGCCACCAAGGCCAACCCCCCUCCACCCGGACAGCGCGGAGCCAAGAUUGAGGCAUGGCUGUCGGACACGCCCGACCCCUUUCUCGACAAUGACUCGAAGAGUGAUAUGCCUGGUCCUCUAGACAUGAAAUCGGCACGAGCAAGGCGAUCAAGAAGACUGGCAGAUGACGAAAGCACAUGUUUCUCUCAAUCCGACCUGUCAUUAGAAAGCGAGUCUCGCCCGAAGAGUUCCCACAGCCGACAUUCUAGGGACAAGGAUGGCAUCUCCGAGAAGCGCAAGUCGCAAGACCGUGACCCCGUGUCAGACGGCAGACGAUCCAGUAUUGACAAAACUCCGAGACUGUUGCCACUCAGGAUUCGAGAAGACAGAUUGCGCGACAAGCAUUAUGGAGAAAGCACCUUGAGUUUGGAUUCAGACCUACAGACGGUCUCGGAGGGAUCAGAAGUCUCGGGCAACAAUGCGCCUGUCCCAGUCGGCCGCAAGAAACCAUUCCCUAUGACUGGGAACCACCGCCUGUCGACGAUCGCCUCUGCUGAAACCCUCAGUACUCUUCCUGAAGAAUCAGUCGCCUCCCAAAAGAAGCACGACCCUAAAGAAAAGUCGAUGGAAGAAGCAGAGGAGGCAACCGAAGAGAAGGACCGUUUUGAUCCCGAUUCUCUCCCCGCAGUUUCUUCACAGUUGAAACGACGCCUUACUACCCAUAAUGAUCUUAUGUCGGUUCUGUCUGUCCCCAGCGGUCGAAGCAGAAGCAUCCGAUCUGCUCGAAGUAUCCGGACAAACAAGAGCCGUCUGGCCAGUGCCACGGUUCUCGACAUCAUGGCCGAACUCUCUGCAGAUGAAACAAAGUAUAUGCGCGAGCUCAAGACUCUCGUGGGCGGUGUGAUCCCGGUGCUGUUAACCUGUGUGUUGUCGCGCUCCGACUCUGCUAUUGCUGCUGGUCUUUUCCGGCCUUCUAUGGACCCGAAAGAUGACCUAAACUUUUCCAAACCCAUUGUCAACAUGGGAGUGGCAAUUGAACGGCUAAAAACCUUACACAAGCGCAUCCCGCAAGACAAUCCGGAUGCAUUGCUUACGUGGGCCCAGGGUGCGCAAAGAGUUUACCGGGAAUACCUCAAGGCGUGGAGACUCGGGUUCAAAGAUGUCAUUGUCAACCUUGCACCGUUGGAAGAGGGCGAGGAAGACAACGGCGAUACAAAGAGUCUUGACGAGGGCAUGGAGCGUGAUGAGAAUGGCGAUGUGGUCGAUGCUGACGGCGAGAAGGUGGACGUCGCUUAUCUGCUGAAGCGACCUUUGGUACGACUCAAAUAUCUCGCCAAAAGCUUCAAGGGAAUCAAUAUUCUGCAACCCUCAACCAAAGCCGAGGAGAUCGCGAAUGCAUACCAAGCGCUUGUGGUAGAUGCACGAAAACGAGCACGGAAUGAACGAGCAAGGCUCGAGGACGAGUCCGCCGCAAGCAUCGACCCGACUCGCGCCAGAGACCCGAUGACAAUGGGCAUACUUCAAAAUGUCUCAGUUGAUCAGACCCGCCAUGUCCGGGCCCGCGACUUUUUCAAUUUGUCUCUGUACCACUCUAGUGGCCAAUUGGUUGACUGUCGGGCUGAACUGUUAUACCGGGAUAACGCACCGAGUAAUGGCCCAGGAGGCGACUUGUUGAUUUGUGAAAUCGACCAUUCGGAUCGCUGGCUCCUUUUCCCGCCUAUGGAUAUCCGCUGCGUCUCUGCCCGGGUCGGCGAUACAAAAGGCGAGAUCGUGAUAAUGCUCCGCAGCGCCAUCAACGAGGAAAAAUAUUGGCAGGAGUUGAUUUCCCUUCGCAUCGAUGAAGUAGUAAUUGGCUCUGAGUGGGUCCAGCUCUUGGGCUCAGAUCCUGUUCCACCGGCAUUAUUCAGAAGCCAGAGCUUCAUCAGUCGCGCCAAGCAGCAUAAGGCUCGCAAACCUUCUGUCAGCGACUCUCCUCCGCGGGCCAAUCCCAGUGAGGUUGAUAUUCCGAUUGGCGAGAAAGCGACAAGCAAACGGCGCUCUUUGACACCCAAGGAGCACUACUCUGAACCCAGUACUGUUAGCUCCGCCACCGACAACAGAAGCUCUUUAUACUCCACGGUAACUCGGGAGACUGGCUAUACUACCGGAGUGUCCGAGUUGUCCAACAAGCAACCCCGCUCAGGUUUGGAGCUUCUUCCAUCAAGGGCGAGCCCAGAAAAGGCCUCUACUGGCUUGAAGAGGUCCAAGGCACAGAGACAUUCCCGCUAUGGUGACAACUAUGUGGAUAGCCCCACUUCUGAUAACGCCUCUCCUCAGACUAUUGUCUCGGACAAGAUGGCCGAGUCUCCACCGGCAACAGGUUUGCCUGCAGAAGGCAGGUUCUACGGCAGCGAGGUCAAAGAUACCAUCAAACCUGCCGACUCGUUUAGGGAGAAGUCUCCCCCGAAGACGCCUCGCACGCCCCGAAGAGAAUCUCCAGAGCCCGAGUCUCCUCGAGUAUCAUCUGUCCCCUCGGCAUACCUCCCUCAGAUCCCCAAGAUUCGAAGCACCAGCAGCCAAACCCAUUUGUCGGCUCCGUCCACCGCUGAGACCGAAGUGGAAGAAGAAGACUACCCUCCCCUGGAGUCAUUGCCAGAGCAAGAGCCGCCGGAGACGCCGACUCAUUCACGACGGAGAAAAUCCCGGCCUAAAUCGAAGCACGAUGAUGCGCCUCCGCCUCCACCACCGCAUCGCUCGCCAAGCUCGAAGCUUUCCCCCGCCCCGGUUCUCAGCCCGGCGGGCGUCAAGAUCAAGCGAAGGGGCUCCUCCCCUCUGAAGCAUGAAUAUGAACCUUCUACUGCUUCAGACUCUUACUCGGAUUCCGACUCGGACGCAUCGACGGUGCGCCGCUACAGUAAUUCAUCAUCGGAAUACUCGAGAGACGUGUCCGAUUCAGACUACUCCUCGGCAUCGGAAGAGGAUGACGAGGAAGGAGACCUGCCCAAACCGAAGACCCGCGGACCUUCCACCACAGCGACGAGCUCGCUGUCUCCUUCCAACUCUGCCUCGCAGAGUGGCUAUAGAACUGUGCCGCUGCAACCUGCCAAGUCGACCAAGAGUAUUGCCUCCAUUUUUGCUUGGUCCAACAAAGGGAAUUGGGAGACCUUGGUCCCUGAUGAAUGCAGUAUUACUGUCAGCCCCGGGCUGAUCGAAGCGUUCAAGAUGAACGCCGAUUCCCACAACACCUCACCGGCGAGGUCACCGCGCCCUCUUAUCUCCAUGGAACUUACACCACUUGUUCCCAUCCGCCGAGGUACUGCCAUUGACAUUAGUAUCCGCUCUCCUCCCACCGAGCGGUCCAAGAUCAACACCAGCAACAAUAUCAUGUUCCGUUCCCGCAACCCUGACGACUGCGACGCUCUUUACGCUCUUAUUAACCACUCUCGAAUCAACAACCCCACCUACAUCGCCCUCCAAAAUGCCCGCGGUCCCUUCAACGAUCAUGUCCUACCCAACUACGACCCAGCCCCCAAGUCCGGAGGAAGCUGGUUCGGCUUCCCCCGCCGCAGGAAGAGCUACCGGGCUUCCGGCUCUCCACGCUCCCUCGCCGAAGGCUCCGAAAGCAGUGUCGGAACCAUGAGCAGCGCUUUCUCCGCCCUCAAACGCUUCGGCGCCGGCAGCAAGAUGUUCAACAUCUCCCGCUCCACCGUGACAUCUCGCAGCGGCCACGAAGGCAGCGUGUAUUCCGGCGACGGAGACUCAAGCCCCUCUCCAUCAGGCGGUAUCGGCCGCAUCGCAGCAGCCAUCAAGGGCGUCGACGGCAUCGGUCUAUCCAACGCCAAGAUUCGUAUUUACCUGCGUGAAACCGCGUCCAAGUGGCGCGACAUGGGCGCUGCCCGUCUGACCAUCAUGCCCGCACCCCUCAAGAACCCACCCUCUCGCCCCGGUACCGCUGUUAGCGGCCGCAGCGACGGAAGUGGAACCCACGGCGACGGAACUGGCAGCUCAUCCCCCAGCUCUGGCGCAGCUACACCGCGGAAUGCAGAGUCCGAGAAACGCAUCAUAAUUCGCGGCAAGACCCGCGGUGAAGUCUUGUUAGAUGUCUGCCUGCCCGAGAGCUCAUUUGAACGCAUUGCCCGUACCGGAAUCGCAGUGUCGGUGUAUGAAGAGAACGAAGGCGGCACUGUCGCCAAACAGGGUGGCGUCUCUCCCAACUCGCAGCGCAUCUACAUGCUCCAGAUGAAGAGCGAGGCCGAGACGGCGUAUACAUUUGGACUUGUCGGGAAGCUACGGUAUUAA